UGUGGGUGUGCGCCUGUCUCUCCACGCCCCCCAUCUUUCAUCCCAGUCCUUCUAUAGGUUCGGUUCAAAGGUAACGCAGGGACCGGGGGCUCUAUAAAGAUCGAGUUGGUUCACUCUUCCACUCCGCUCGUUUUAUUUCUUCGGUCUGUCUCGUUUCUACCACCACACAUCAAAAUGCCCAGCAGGUGGAAGAAGAACAAGCGUCGUAUGAGGAGAGUGCAGGCCCAGAGGAGAGCCCUCGAAGAGCAGCAUGCAGCCAACCCACCGGUCAAAGCAAGCCCUGGGAUUGCAGUGAGUGCGCCCCCGGCGGCAACCCCGAAGGUAGAGGCUAAAACUCCCGCACCAGCUCCAGUAAAGAUCCCAGAGCCCGUUCCCAUUGCUGUCCCCAUUGUGGAGACCCCCGAGGUAGAACUAAAGCCAGAACCUGUCGCAGAGCCCGUCCCAGUCCAGGCACCAGAGCCAGAGGCUGUGGUGUUGGAACAGACUGCAGCAGAAGUCGAGGUUGAAGUCCCAGCCCCAGUCGCUGAAGAAGCACCAGUCGUUGAGGCGCCACCAGCGGAGCCCGCUGUAGUCGAAGCUGAGAUCGUACAGGAGGACGAACCUGAAAUCAUUCCCGAAGCAAAACCAGUAGCUGAGGUCACACCCCCAGUUGAGACUCCAGUGGAGGCUCCUGUUGAGACUGAGAGCCAGACAGAGGAGACUACAACCAUCACCACAGAGACUGAACAGACGCAUAAUGUCUGCGAGCCAGAGACUGAAGUGGAGGCCGAGGCCUUGGCAGAGGACGACGCAGCCAUUGAGGCUGAGGCUGUGGUGGAAGUGGCCGCCGCAGAGGCCACCGAAGAACCGGCGGCAGAAGCACAGACCGUUGAAGCAGAACCCGCCGCAGACGAGGAGGUUACAGAGCCAGCGGUGGAAUCGGUGGAGGAGGCUGUCGCAGAGGUACCUGAGCCAGAACAGGAGACUGAGGCCACUGUCAGUCCUGCAGCCGCAGAAGAGGAUGACGCUGAAGUAGAAGUGUUGGCUAAAGAAGAGGCACCAGAAGUCCCAGCUGAGCCUAUUACAAUGACAGAGGAUGCUCCUGUCCAGCCUGUGGAAGUCCCAGUGGUGCCAGUCACUGUCCCUGAAGCUCCAGUAGAAGAAGCUGAAGCCCCCGAAACUGAAGUGAAAGAGGCUCCCGCCAUCCAGGACACCGCUGACAGCCUGGUCGACGACUUUGUUGUCACAGAAUCUGCCUCAGCAGUGGAGGUGGCCAUUGCUGAGUCUGCUGCUGCUGUCCAGCCGGAAAUUGUGGAAAUGAGUGACACCCUCAACACCCAGUCAGAAUCUAUGGCUGUGACGCCCGCUGAGCCUGAGCCUGCCCCUGCAGAGGCAAUGGUGAUUGAUACCAUCGUUGAGCAGACACGUCUGGAUGUGCUGUCAGAACAGCCUAAGUCAGAAAUCUGUGACAUGCCAUGUCAGAUGCAGCUCGCUGUAGAGUCUGCGGAGAUGUCGGUGGAGGCUUCUCUGAACGGACACAUUGUUCCAGAGGUCUCCAUUGAGGGCUAGAUACACAUCCCACAGCCUGGAAGACCUUUUUUUGUCUUUAUUCCCCUUUGGUCAUUUGGAGGACUCAAAGCUUUACAAGGAGUCAACCAGCUGAUAUUUUAAUUUUUUAGGGCUUACGACAGAACCGCCAGGAAAUCGAAGGGACAUCCACACUCUGAAGUGCCUUUCCGGCCCUUGUUCCUGUUAAAAACUUCGAACCAGAUGUCAACAUGCCAAAACCGCUGCAUUCAAGGCGGCACAACAGACUGUUGUCUUAAGUGUGCGGAAAAGUAAAGAAACAUAUCGCGACUCUUUUUCUGUAUUUCUCCGAGAAAGCAUGUUCGGUGAGUUUUUUUUUUUGCAGUGGAAGAAGAGGUGCUUGAGAGAUGAAGAUUCCUACGAGAUAAAUGGCGGGGCCUGAUGUCUCUUGGUGUGUUCCCAUCUCUCCAGAACAUCUGCUUCCACGUCGCAUACACUCGAUGCAUGUGAAUACUGUAGCAUCGACCAAUGUUGCUAUAGUUUGCACUUGAGCCUGUGUUGAUAAGGGUGGGAGGAACAACUUGUUCUGUUUUUUUCUUAUUUCUUUGUUUCACAUUUCAAAAUCCCAGAUUUUGUGUGCCAGGCCCCUUUUUUUACUCCUGAAGUGACACAUUCAAAAAACUUUCCCCUUCGCUUUUGUUUCUGUCGCCUUCUGUCCGCCAUCUCUCCUCUCUGUAUCAAUUAAGCGCUAAUGUUUAGAUUAGUUUGAUGCUAAAACCUGGACAGAGUUUAAAAGGGGAUGAACUGAGGACAUUUUCUAGUUCCCCUCUCUCACUUUCUCACCCCCCUCCUCCCAAAAUUCAUUUUGUAUGGACCAUGUGAUGCGCUACAGUUUUGUGUUCCAAGUCUGUGCUCUGAAGGGGAAAUGUAAUCUGAUUGGUCAUGUGGAUUGCUUUUGGACUGACUUGAUCCACCUUUGAAAUAAAGCUGUAACUCAUCAUAAGAGUGUUUUUUACUAUUUCAAGUCCACAGACAGGGGAAGAGAUGCUGUAUAUGUAGGCUUCAUUUUCUAAGUCAGUUCUGUGCUUGUGAUAAAAUCUUUUGAUAGCUUUCAAAGGUUCAACCUUUUGUAAAAUACGUUGACGCUCAAUGAUUAUAAAGAAUAAACUGGCUGAAUGUGGUGGUAGCAUCCAUUUGGCCUGGUUCUCCUUUUAAAUGUAAUCAAUAUUUGAUAAGUCCUUCAAUCAUUCAAAUAAGUAACGCUUAGUGGUCCCAAACAAAAUGGUACAUGAAGAUGAUCAAGGCCAGAAUUAGAAUGAGGUGCAUAAAAACUAGAUUCAGUACCAAAGCACAAUACCUGUGAGCUUUCUACCAUUGGGAAAAAGUAGCAGGUUGUGAAUGUGAAGCCGCCGUAAAUCCUCACAAUAAAGACAAUGAAACAGAUCAAAAGAUUUUUUAAUCAUUUGUUUUUGCACUGUAAUCUACAUUCAUAUUAGUAUGAUGUAAUUUGGUACA